AUGCAGGAGCAGUGUCAGAUCCACCGUGCACAAAAGGUUGAUAAAGUGUGUGGACAGCCCAAACAACAAGAAGGGAACCUGUCAUCAAACAAUAUAGUGCCAGUGAAAGAAGCGACUGAAACCCAGACAUUUGUGAUGGCUCACCCUAGUCUGAACAAUAAAAGAAGUUCUCUGCCUCUGAAAGCUUCAAAGAAUGACAAAUCAAGAAGUUUGAAAAAAAUCUCUCGAGAGUUCAUCAAUUACAUGAAGCGAUCCCGCACCUUUUAUGCCUCUAUAGCAGAACGGCUGUGUGAUGGAGACCUGGUGAUGAGAGACAGCUCAACCUGCUGGAAUGGAGAGGAUGUUGUAGAAAGUUACACCAGCAGAGUUGUUUCCAAUGGACUGAAGGCACAAAUUAAUAAUCCAGAACUAAAAGUCCGAGGAUUGGACCCACUCAUCAGUAAUUUAAUUGAUAAACUUCAGCACUUUAAUCAAUUGGAUGCUGAGAAGGCAAAAUUAAAACUGGAAAGAUGGGCUUCCCGAGAUGCUGGCAGUGGGGGUGGAAGAAGCGAAGAGAUGGAGUCCAGCGGGGAUUGUGACGAUGAGGAUGGCUGUCAAGGAUCCGGUGACAGGAUUCACACAGCAG